GUCUCGGUACUUCAAGCUCUGAACUCCCUUUACUCUUCUGAUCCGGCCGCGACCAAGCUCGACGGUCCGUGUGUGAUUAUCGGUUCUCCUGCCUUUCCGUCUGCCAGGUGCUAGGACGCUUUAAUCGCGCAGACUGACAACACCCCUCCGGCCUAUCCUUCGUCAUUGGCCGCGGGCGGCCAUGCGGCAGCGACUGCCAACGCCGAUUCUAUACGAGGCCAGAUAUGUAGAUGUCUGGAACGCUGUUGCGUCACUCGCUUCUGAGCAUGGGCCCCGAACGAACAGCGGGGUCCGGGCCGUGAACAAAAACCUGAACGAUUGGGUUUGGGACAUCCGCGUCGAAUCAGGGCCUACCCUGAGAUACAUUUUCCCUACGCUGGCAGACCGAUCCUCGUGAAAAGUCGACCAAUGGCGUGCGGAUCAUGAGACGAACCGAUCGAACGUCGUCGUCGUCAUCGGCCCAAAACCGUCACACUUGGCAGGAGGGCUCUAGCGAAAACCAUCCGCCUCGUUCCUAUCACGUCGGUAUCGAGAAACGCCUUCAAC